UGUCAGUUGGGGCUAGCCAGCUAACUCACCUAUUAACGAUAACAUUCAGACUAUAUUCACAGGACAGAAAUAUCAAUACCUAAAAUGGAAAAACAGUUUGAGGAAAUAGAUUCGUCUGGGCAGUGGCAAAACCUUUAUAAUGAAAUCCGAAACCAAGCCAGCGACUAUUCAUAUAAGGUGGCAAAACUUCCGGAGAAUCAGAAUCGAAACCGAUAUAGAGAUGUCAGCCCCUAUGAUCACAGUCGCGUUAAACUUGAAAACUCUGAAAAUGACUACAUCAAUGCAAGUCUAGUCGUGGUGGAGGAAGCUCAAAGAGCCUAUAUUCUGUCUCAGGGCCCCUUGAAGAACACCUGCGGUCACUUCUGGUUGAUGGUCUGGGAGCAGAACUCCAAAGCUGUUAUAAUGCUGAACAGAAUCAUAGAGAAGGGGUCUGAGAAGUGUGCUCAGUACUGGCCUACAGCUGAGGAACAGCAGCUAUCUUACACUGACACAGGGUUUGUCGUGACGCUAGUGAAGGAAGAGGACAAGUCCAACUACAUCAUACGAGUGUUGGAGCUGAGGAACACAGAGACAGGAGGAACCACAGAGAUAUACCACUUUCACUACACCACCUGGCCUGACUUUGGUGUCCCAGAAUCCCCGGCCUCUUUCCUCAACUUCCUGGUCAAGGUGCGGGAGUCUGGCUCAUUGGGGCCGGAGCACGGGCCCUCCGUGGUCCACUGCAGCGCUGGGAUUGGACGUUCGGGGACCUUCUCGUUGGUCGACACGUGUCUCAUCCUGAUGGACAAGAGGAAGGACUCGUCGUCAGUGGACAUUCUGAGAGUUCUGCUGGACAUGAGGGAGUACCGGAUGGGUCUGAUCCAGACUCCUGACCAGCUACGUUUCUCCUACAGGGCUGUCCUGGAGGGAGCCAAGAGCAUCAUGGGAGACUGCUCUGCACAGGUAAACACCGCUAACCCUAACCACACACCUAGCUAGCUGGAGGGAGCCAAGAGCAUCAUGGGAGACUGCUCUGCACAGGUACACACUGUAACUAGUGUAAGGGAUGAGUCCUGUGUCACCG